ACGAAGAAUACCACAAUAAUUUAUUUUUUAAUUUUUCUUUAAACAAUGUAAAUUUUAAACUAAUUACUUUAAAAUUUAAUAGUUUAAUUAAAUAACCAGAGUUUUAUAAUAAUAGUUAUCAAUUAUUAAUAUGAAUGCUUUGCAAAAAUAUCGCUUUUGUUUUCUAGCCGGCUUAUGUGCGGCCGGCGGCAGUUUUUUUGGUAAAUUGCCAAGUUUUCUUAAAGACAGUAAACUUUAUGUGGAGGAUAUAGCCUUGCUACCAGCUUCCGUCCAAACAUAUGGUGCAUUUGUUUUAUAUCAAGGACUGCCUAUUGUUUUAAUGAUUUUAAGCAACCUGCUGAAUUGGCGUUACUUUUUGAAAGCCUUACAAUUGUCCGAACAAACAUUGACAGCCACUGUUUUAACAGCAGCAAGCAAUUAUGUAGUUUCGUUCGUUUUAGGUUCUUUGGUUUUUAAGGAACCCUUUACAUUGCUCUCCAUAUUGGGUUCCACUCUCAUAGUCUUAGGUUUGUGGUUUCUAUGUGCAGAUACUCAAGGACUAACAGGCAAAGAAAAGAAACAAUAAUACAUAUAGGAAUACCAAUAAAAAAAUAUUUCUACUUAAAAAAUGCAAAAAAAACUCAAAGUCAAGAGCAUAUAUAAGACAUGGUUAGAGGAAAAGAAAACCAUUAAAAAUCCUUAAAUAAUUUAAAUAAGAUUAUAAAAGGUUAUAAGUAUUAUAUAAAUUAUAGUUUUUAUAUUAAAAAUAUGUAAAAUAUUAUUAAUAAAAUCUGUUAAUUUUUAUUAAAAAACUAA